CAUCCACACAAACUGCGAAGGUCAAACCUUGCACACUGUAGUCGACAGCGUCCACGCCUCCCGGGUCAAGCUUUUUUUUCCAAAAUGGGACUCCAAGAAUACCAGGUCGUCGGGCGUCAUUUGCCCACCGAGUCAGAUCCCACUCCAAAAAUCUACCGCAUGCGCAUCUUCGCUCCCAACGAAGUCGUUGCCAAAUCCCGAUUCUGGUACUUCCUGAGGCAGCUAAAGAAAGUCAAGAAGGCGAGCGGUGAAAUCAUCGGCGUCAACGUCAUAUAUGAGAAAAAGCCGUUGAAGGUCAAGAACUUUGGUAUUUGGCUCCGCUACGACUCCCGCUCGGGCACACACAACAUGUACAAGGAGUUCCGCGAACUCAGCCGUGCCGAUGCCGUUAAAUCGCUUUACCAAGACAUGGCAGCAAGACACCGUGCCCGAUUCCGGUCCAUCCAUAUCCUUCGCGUCGUCGAGCUCAAGAAGGCAGACGAUGUCCGUCGUCCAUACAUCAAACAGUUCCUCGAGCCGAAGCUUAGAUUCCCCCUUCCCCACCGCGUCGCCAAGUCUGCCUCUACAUUCGUCUCCCGCCGCCCUUCGACGUUCUAAGUUGUGUAACAGCGGAGAUGUUUUCCUGACGUCGCGAAGCAGUGAUGUUCCCUACAGGCCGUGUAUUCAUUUCUUUACAUCUUCAGACAUGAUGGCUAUGCAAUAUGCAAUGCAUGCGUCCAGAUUUUCAAGUGUGAUUCCAUGCGACGGAGAAUAUGGCAUACUGUACGUCAG